AUUUGAUGAAGAUAACAACGGUUCUAUUAAUAUGACGGAAUUUUUGCUGAAAUUGCGGCCACCAAUGCCACAGUCACGCUUGGAUAUCAUCGAUAAAGCAUUUAAGAAGAUCGAUCGCACCGGUGACGGUCAAAUCACUAUUGAAGACUUGAAGACCGUCUACUCCGUGAAGGAUCAUCCCAAAUAUCUGAGCGGUGAAAUGACUGAGAACGAGAUACUCACACAAUUCCUCAACAACUUCGAGGGCGGACGUGGCAACUGUGAUGGCAAUGUGUCGAAGGAGGAAUUUGUUAACUAUUAUGCAACAAUUAGUGCUUCAAUUGAUAAUGAUGCCUACUUCGAUUUGGUGAUGCGACGCGCUUAUAAACUGUAAAUAUAAUCCGAUGUAGGAGUAACUCAAAAGCGCUGCCAUAACAAUAAAAGCAAUGCUUGUUACAAGCAUAAAAAAACAAAAACGGAGCAGUUGACAGCAGCUGGCAUUUUUAAGGCUUAUAACAACAACAACUAUUAAUUAAUUAAUAAAAACAAAUUUAUAAAUAAAAAUAUUAAGGUGUUGAGUCCUGACUGUGUGUGCGUACAAUCUUUUAAUACUGAUAACAAACUUUUAGCUAGGAACCGCUGUAAUGAAACAAAAAA